AUGUCAUUCAGCCGUUUGUUUGUGAACAGGUGUCUUCUUUAUUUUCAAAAACAAAAGCCCAUAAUCCUGGACUCUGCCCAAGAUCAAAGUCGAUCAGCAAUAGUACCAUAUAAUAUGUCCAUUGUGAAAAGUGGCGAAAGACGUUUCACAUUGUACACUGCGAAAAAUGGAAAAGUCUCUCGGUAUCCAGUGCAAGACGAAAGUCAGGAUGCAUUUCCAUUGUAUGGAGACUCAGGAUCCGAGGGUGAGUUUGACGAAGAGACUUGGCAAGAAAUUGAAGACGAAAACCCAGGAGGAUGGUCUCGGAAACCCUCUAAACUCACGCCUACGGAGAAAGAAUCUGUAAUCAGAGAUUGUGUCUCCCAAUAUGAGAGCAAAUGGCUUGAUUCUUGCUUGCCAAAAGAAAAACCCAAGGCACGCAAGCUCUGGUUAAAGGCUAAGAAGGGGAGAUUUACCAACCAAGAAAUUAAAGGGCUCGUUAGGAAGAUUACAUCUCUAAACAAGCGUCUUAGGAAAUUGCAGGACGCAGUCCGUGAAAAAUGCAUUGACCUCACAGAAGACUCCCCGGCAGUCGAUAAUGAGGAGGAGUAUAGGGUUGAGACUCCCCCCCUAAACCCAGAUCCUAUCAAAUCUGAACGGAGUUGCUCAAUUUCCCCUGAACCAUACCUUGGUCCCAGGCACCCGAACCUUUUCAAACCCAGGAAGCGGCCGAGUCUCCCUGAUAUACACGACAUUGACAAGCUUGUGUCGGUGCCUUGGGAUUUACUGGAAGAGCGACAAGACCGCCGGAGACUAUUAGCAAAACUGAUUGCAACCCUUUCUAUCGAAGAGCGAAAUAAGUUGGCUCAGGCACAACUCACAGGAACUGGUCUAAAGAUCUUGCUGAAGAAUCAAGAAAGGAUUCCAGAACUCGAGGAAGCUGAGAACCGCGUGGUCAUGCGUGUUACUUCCUUUUAUAUCUCGUGGAUAAACUGUGUCCACCUUCCGUCGGAAGGAAUCCAGAAGAACCUUGUUCUCAACGCUCAAUCUCGAAUCAGCAGCUUUGUCACGUACUUCAACGAACUUUGCGCGCGCCUCGAUGAAUACCGCAAGAAGAAAGGUUCCAAGAUGCAUCGUCUCAAUGAAAAGGAAGCGAUAUCUGAUCUUACAGACACUCCUCACAAAAAGCGCAAGAGAGAGGUCAAGGAAAGCCAAAAUGCGAAAAAGAAGAAGCAGAGAAAGCUCCUUGAAAGGAAGAUAGGCAGCACUAACACUGAUCCUACACGUCAAGCAGUCAGCUUCGGAAAUCCUGCUAUUUAUCUAGACCCUCAAAUUGGCUUGCGUGUCAAGCCCCACCAAUUGAAUGGUGUUCAAUUCAUGUGGCGAGAGUUGAUCGAAGAUGAGAACAAACAAGGAUGUCUGCUCGCUCACACAAUGGGCUUAGGGAAAACAAUGCAGGUUAUAUCGCUCCUUGCAACAAUAUCUGCGGCAGCGUCUUCCGAUGAUCCUAAGAUACGGCAGCAGGUUCCUGCAGCUUUCCAUAGAUCUCAAUCGUUGAUUCUGUGCCCAUCGUCCUUAAUUGAAAAUUGGUAUGAUGAGUUUCUCAUGUGGGCUCCUAUAACAACUUCCGCCACAACGCCAGAGAGGCUACAGGAGGUCUAUGACAUAUUUCGGACGUGGAUCCUGAAUAGGGAGACAAAUAAAAGGGGAAAGCCCUUGAAUGAUAGUGAUUAUGGCAAAGUCAGAGAUUGCCUUCUCGAAGGACCUAACAUUAUUGUUGCCGACGAGGCCCACAAAAUGAAAAACCCAGCCACUGGCAUCUCGCAAGCCGCCAUGCAGUUCCGCUCUAAAAGCCGCAUUGCCCUGACUGGAUCCCCUCUUGCGAACAAUCUUAUCGAUUACUAUGCGAUGAUCAACUGGAUUGCGGAGGGCUACCUUGGCGAAUUUGUGGAGUUCAAAGCAAAAUUCGUGGAGCCCAUAACGGAGGGACUUUAUGUAGACAGUACGUACACAGAGAGGAGAAAGUCUUUGGUGAAGCUUCAAGUCCUCAAAGAAAUCCUUGCUCCAAAGAUCAACCGUGCCGAUAUCUCCGUGCUCGCUGGCAGUUUGCCAACCAAAGUCGAGUUCAAACAAGCAUAUGAUUCAUAUGUGGAGAGUAUAUUGCAAGGGAAAGGCGCUUUCGGCAGUGCGCAGCUAUGGUCCUGGCUUGCGAUUCUGAACAAACUACUAAGCCGAGCAAGCGAUGCACAGAAAAUAAACAAGAGGCUAGAUGAUAUGGAGAUAAUCCCCGGUGAUGAACCUAUCGCGCAGGCAGGCCUUCCAGAUUCGGAAAAGCUGGUUUCAGAACAAGAACGGAUCUUUGCUACAGUCCCUGACAUAAAAGCCUUAGAAAUGUCUCAUCGGGCGCGGAUCAUGAAUUCGAUAAUCGACGAAUCUAUCAGAGCGGGUGACAAGAUCCUAUAUGUUCUUCAGUCAUCAAACCGAAAGUACUCUCGCCUAGAUGGACGAACUCCCGUUGUGACUCGACAAGAUGCGACAAAGAGAUUCAAUCGUGGCUCUGAACAGCAAGUGUACCUAAUCUCAACGCGCGCAGGAGGGCUUGGCUUAAACAUUCCUGGAGCGAACCGUGUUAUCAUUUUCGACUUUAAGUUUAGUCCGGUAUGGGAAGAGCAGGCUGUUGGACGCGCCUAUCGCUUGGGCCAGCAGAAACCAGUAUUUGUUAUGUAUAACAAGGCUGUCUUCAAGACCCAACUUGCUUUCCGUGUUGUCGAUAAGAAGAAUCCGGUUCCCAAACCGGUCCCUCAAAAAACCAUCGCCGAAUAUCUGGGGAGGGAUCCACAAGUCUUAGACAAGAUCAUCAUGGGUGACAACGGCGAGGAGAAGUCUAUCCGCAAUAUUGCCCUCACUGAAACGUUCCAGAAGGAAGACAAUGACAAAUUGACAGAGGAAGAGAGACAGGGCGUCCAGCAGCAAUUGAGCGACGAGCGCCUUAAGCGCACUGACCCGGAGGCUUACCAGAGGUUAAUAGUGGAUAGACAAAGGCAAUCUUGGACUGCAGGCCAAAUUCCGGCUUGGAUCCCAUCGUCAUACACGCAUCCAGCUCCCAUGCAAUCAGCUCCCAUGCAAUCAGCUCCCAUGCAAUCAGCUCCCAUGCAAUCAGCUCCCAUGCAAUCAGCUCCCAUGCAAUCAGCUCCCAUGCUGUCUCAACCACCUUAUAUGCAGCCAACAGUUCCAUCAAGCGCUCACAACACUGGGCCUCCCGCUCUAGCACCAGACAUGAGCGUUUACCAAGAGCCUUUUAGGACACCGAUGCCCUCAACAUCCGCAGCCGCGAUAAGUUUAACUUCAGGAAUAUACUCUUCGCGCUCUGCUCAGAGUGAACCACCUAACGAAAGCACCACACUCUACACCACUUUCAGGCUUUCACCUACCAGGAGCCUGGGACAAGGCGGUACACAGACAGAUACGCAAAUGGAUGGUACCAGUUUCGACACAAAUGUCCAGCAACCUGAUAUAACCGCGUAUACAGCCCAUCCCGAGCCCCCGCAAUCAAGUACAUCAUCAGACGAUAACUCCGAGCAUCCUUGCCGCCAGCAGUGA